GGAGCACACACGAUCUUAUGGGAUGUCCGAUAUGUGUGGAGAAAUCAGAUGCCAAUUGGCUCAAAUUUAGCGGGAAACCAAGUUGCUUUGAUUGUCACCGCAAGUUCCUGCCUAUUAACCAUCGAUAUCGAAAGGACAAGAAGUCUUUUAUUGCCGGAAGAGUGGUACAAGACCCCCCUCCUCCGAGACUUACAGGUGAACAAGUUUUUAACCGGGUUCGACGUUUUCCUACGGCUGUGCAGCAAGCCUACGGGGAGCCAAAUGGGUAUUGUGAUACCCAUAAGUGGACAAAGAGGAGCAUAUUUUGGGAGUUGCCAUAUUGGAAAGACCUUCUCAUUCGUAAAAAUUUAGAUGUCAUGCACGUUGAGAAGAACGUAUUUGACAAUAUAUUUAACACGGUUAUGGUUUUUACCCACAAAACCAAAGACGGUCUUGCAUCUAGAAAAGACAUGACAAUUUGGUGCGACAGACCCGAACUCGCCGUCGAUCUAGAAUAUGUGGGUAAAAAAAAUCCAAGAGCAGUCUACCAACUCACAGCCCCACAAAGGGAAUCAAUAUUAGAGUGGCUUGUUUCUCUAAACUUUCCAGAUGGCUAUUGCUCUAACCUGUCAUGAUGCGUGGACCUGAACAAACAAACAAUGACGUCGAGCAUGAAAACUCAUGAUGCUCAUGUAAUCAUGCAACGACUUCUGCCGAUUGCACUGAAAGAGAUGCUUCCUGCAGACGUCUGGGCUGUAUUACAGAAAUCAAUCAAUUGUUUCAGUCGAUAUGUUCCACCGUUUUGGAUGCUGAAUCCCUCAGGAGACUAGAAGACAAUGUUCCUAUUCUGAUGUGUAAUCUGGAAAAUAUACUGCCCCCAUCAUUUUUUGAUAUAAUGGAACAUCUUCUAAUACAUCUUCCGUAUGAGGCUUUGAAUGGAGGGCCCGUAUUCUAUCGUUGGAUGUACAGAUUUGAAAGAUUUCUGGGAGAUUUGAAAAAGAAAGCGACCAACAAGGCACACAUUGAGGCUUCAAUUUGUCAAGCAUAUAUUCAACAAGAAACCUCAACGUUUUCAUCUUUUUAUUUUGAGCGUGAAGUCAUCAGUAAAAGAAAGAGACCUGCUCGGAACGAUGACAUUGGCGAUGAUUCAUAUGACAAAGUAGUUUCUAUUUUCAACUACCCAGGUAGAGGUAAAGGAGCUGCGACUUACCGUUACAUCGUGGGCGGAGAAAUGAAAAUUGCACAUACUUACAUCCUCAUGAAUUGUCCAGAAAUCUUACCAUUUUAUAAUGAAUUUAGAGCGUCUUUAUCAGCAUUUCCCGAUGAUGCAAUUGAUGCAAUGGUGGACUCUGACUUUGCAUUAUGGUACCAACAGCAGAUCAGGUACCGUGGGAUUAACGACCCUCUGUUAGUAUCAUUAUCGUGGGGGCCUUCUUCCUAUGCAAAGGUUUGGCAUUCAUAUGUGAUAAACGGUUAUACGUAUCACACAGUCGAAUAUGGAGAAGGUCGACCAACAAUGAACAUCGGGUUAUGUGUCCCGACCAUCGGUUCUGAUAACUCGGAAACCAAUUUUUUUGGUUUCUUACAUGAGAUUCUCGAACUUCAAAUGCCUUCUGGUUUGCAAGAAUUGACAUGCGUGUUGUUUCGCUGCACAUGGGUCGACCCUACACGUGGUGUGAGAAAAAAUUCAAAGUAUAAUAUAAUUGACGUCAACCACUCUCAUGUGUAUAAAAAAAAUGAGUCUUUUAUACUCGCUCAACAAGCAGCCCAUGUUUAUUAUGCAAAGUUUCCUUCAACGAGGCGCACAUGGAAUCCUUGGGUGUGUGCCAUUAAUAUCCGUCCGAGCAAAAUUGUAACACAGGCUCAACAUAAGGAUAUUGACUUUGAUGCUUUUCAGCAAGCUUUUUUCCAACCUCCGCCUAUUGCUGACACGGUUAACCAUAACAUUCAGUUAAGUGACCCAAAUGACAGAGAUGUUGAAGUCAUGCCUGAAACACACCUUCCGCCCCCUAUACCUCAAAAUGAGCGCGAAAUUGAAGAAUAAUAUAUACAGCAACUGCACGAUGACCAGGAGGAAGAAGAAGAAUGAAUAUAUGAUGAUGAAGAUACAGAAGAAGAAGUUGGCUAUCAAGAAAAUACUGAUUCUGAUAGCGAUUAAAUGUAUAGUUAACAACCAAUGUAAUUACUUUUAAUUGAACUAUUUUAAUUUGAAUUUUUAACUUUCUU